AUGCGGGUUCUCUUUUGGAACAUAAAUGAAGUUGCUCGUGAUGCAGAUCAAUGUAAACUUAAAGAGUUAAUUAGGGAGUUCAAGCCGGAUAUUUUUUGUCUUGCGGAACCAAAAGUUCAUUGCUCGGUUGGUUUUGGUAAUAGACUUCAGUUGGAACGUUUUUAUCCACAUGUUAUUCAUAAUGCGACUGCUUCUAGUAUUGCUAAUAUGUGGAUUUGCUACUUAAAUGGUAUUGUUCCCUCGGUUAUAAAUAGGAGCAAACAGGCCAUAAUAGUUGAGGUUGAUGGAGUUCAUAUCUCGUUUGUUCAUGCUAGUUAUGUUCAGGUUACUAGGCGAAGGCUUUGGCAGCAGCUUAAUAGCCAUGAUACGUCGAUCUCGUGGCUUGUCAUGGGAGAUUUCAAUUGUAUCCUUCGACUUGAUGAGAAAAAGGGUGGUCUUGAGCCUAGGACUUCACCGGGUUCUCACAGAAUCAUUAGUAAGUUGGAUCGUGUUGUUAUCAAUGCUGCUUGUUGGAAUAUGCCAGUUCAUGGUUCUCUUGACUUCAUAUUUACUUAUAAAUUCAAGAGGCUAAAGGGGGUGAUUAAGGAAUGGAAUCUUACGGUUUUUGGUAAUAUUCAUUCUAGGUUGAAGCAAGACCAGCUGAGGUUUGCAUAUGCGGCUCUUUGCUCGGAUGAAGAUCCUAAUGAUGUUUCCAAACUUAAUCUUAUGAAGGAUGCUAUGGCUAGGCUUAGUGAGACUCAGCUUCAACAUAACUCUAUGCUUAAGCAAAAGGCAAGAAAUCAGUGGCUUGUGGAGGGUUCAAGCAACACUACUUUCUUCCAUAAUAGUAUUCGCAUUCGGAGUUCUAAUACUAUUUCAGAAUUAACAGAUAGUGAUGGCCAUACUAUUUUAGACUAUGAUCAGUUGCGUGACCAUGUGGUGCAGUUCUAUGAGGACGAAUUUAAUGGCCAUGAGUCUCAUUUGGAUGCUAGUUUAUUUGAUUAUGACCAUGUUGGUAUCUCAGAGGAAGAAAGUCUUGUUACGGACAGAAUUCCUACUCUUGACGAAAUUAAACAAGCAGUUUUUGAUGUUGGAGCUGAUAGUGCUCCAGGGCCGGAUGGCUUUUCUGGUUGUUUCUAUCGUCAUUGUUGGGAUAUUAUUAAUGAAUAUUUGAUUAAGGCAAUUAUUUUUUGUUGGAAUACUGGUCAGAUUCCAAAUGGGGUGAAUUCAAGUCUUAUCAUCUUGCUUCCAAAGCGCAAGGAUGGCAACACUGGUCUUAAGCUUGAUAUUUCCCAGACAUUUGACAAGAUGUCUCAUAUGGUAACUAGAGGUGGUAUUUCUCCUACUCAUCUCUUUUUUGUUGAUGACAUUAGGAUUUUCUGUAAAGGAAACCUUAAGAGCCUCAACAAUCUGGUGGAUUUGUUGGCCACUUUACCUGAUCAUUAUUUGGGAGUUCAAAUUAUGCCGGGUAUUGUUCGAUAUCAUCACAUUUCGGGUGUAGUGGAGAAGAUCAAAUCGCAACUUGCUGGUUGGAAAGGUUUUUUGUUAUCCUUCCAUGAUCGUUUGGUGCUUGUCAAGUCUGUUCUUUCUAGUUACUCUAUUCACAAUAUGGCUAUAUAUAAAUGGCCACGUAAAUUCAUUUUACAGUGUGAAAGAGCAAUUAGGAAUUUUAUUUGGUCGGGAGAUUCUAAUGUUAGCCGUGCUGUGGUUGUUGCUUAUGAUAAAGUCUGUUGCCCUUUUGAGGAAGGGGUUUGGGAUUAA